CGUGCGCUGUGUGCCAUUUGCCAUUGAACCGAGAAGUCGCUCGCCCGACCGUCGUCCGCCUGCAAUUCAUCAGUUCCGCGCUAGCAGAGUCAUUUCCUGAGAAAAGUCGCCUUUUCCGCUGAUUGUGACACGAGUCGCCCACCAGCGAGACAGCGAACCGCCGAACUUUCCAUUUCCAGCCCCGACAGUGCUGCUGCUCGCUCCGACGUCCGGCCCGAGCCUAUCGCCGUCUCCGUCGCCAGUCGUUCGCCUCCGUCUCGCCGCCGUCGCCGAUUUCGCGAACGGCCCAACUCGUGUCUCGCACCUCGUCUCGAUCCGGUUUUUCGCGUGAGUCGCCGCCGAGUGGAGUAGAGUAGCUGCGGCCGCGAUCGUGACACAAAGUACAGUGCGGUGAGCCGUCGUUGUCGCCAGUUCCAGCGAGGAAAACGUGAAAUUCGCAGAACGCGAUCAGAAGUCGAAUAAGUCGCGAGAAGGUCGCCAAUUGGAGUGGAUUCGCGCCUACUGCCCGUUUUUCGUGUGGCUGCGGUUUUUGUUUCGCGGCGCUGUCGUGCGGACCUGAUUUUGGCCAGAGGCCCCUGGACUAAUUGCAAGCGAGACUCGCUCGUGCUUUCUUCGCCCCCAAAGACAAGGAGUUACUGCAAGCGACCAACAUGAGCUGGCAGGAUUACGUAGACAACCAGCUCUUGGCCUCACAGUGCGUUUCGAAAGCGGCCAUCGCUGGACACGACGGAAACAUCUGGGCCCAGUCGAAAGGAUUCGAGGUCACCAAAGAAGAACUUACCAAAUUGGUUCAGGGUUUCGAUAAACAAGAAUUACUAACAAGCGGUGGUGUUACAUUAGCCGGCCAAAGGUACAUUUAUUUAUCGGGAACGGAUCGUGUCAUACGUGCCAAACUGGGACGAAGUGGUGUACAUUGUAUGAAAACACAACAAGCCGUUAUAGUAUCAAUCUAUGAAGAUCCUGUUCAGCCACAGCAAGCAGCCUCUAUCGUUGAAAAACUUGGAGACUAUUUAAUUACUUGUGGAUACUAGAGUAAACAACUACUUCUACUUUUACUACUACUUGCGGCGUGUGUUGUGUCUACUUCUGCUCUACUGCUACCACGAUUUUUAAUUAUUACUUCUAUUUUUGUUUAUCUUCCCCUUUGUCAUCAAAUUAAAAACAAUAAAACAAUAAAUAAUAAAAUAGAGGAAUCAAUUGAAAUAAUACAACAAAAGAGAAAGCUGUAAAACAUCGUAUUAUAAAUAAAAUUAUAAUUUAAAUUACAUAAAAUGAGAAACAAAAACAAAAUAAAAUCAAUUUCUUAAAACUACGUUUUGUUUAGUUUCACCCUUAGUAUAUUCUCCCCCAAUCUUGCAAAUGUUUUUCGUCUCCACACCCCAACAUACUUCCUAAACGUAUAAACUUAUGGUUUAGUUUAUGAUUCUUUUAUA